UUUUUCAUUGAAUGCCAUUUUUUUAGGAUGCAGAUGCAUUGGCGUUGGAGCUUGUUACUAAAUGGGCGGGUGCUGGCACAAAGUUAGGGUUCGACUUGCCCUCAAGAACGACCUCCCUCGACCAAAAAGGAAAAAGAAAAUAAAAACGUUACCUCCCAAUUCCCAAUUUCCCAAUUCGAUUCCUGCAGUCUCUUUCUCGAUUUCACAGACAGAGAUCCAAUGGCGCCGGUGCCCAAUACCCGUCCGGACGGGGACGAUGAGGAUCCGCGACCUAUCAAACAACCACGGCUUGGAGAGGCAGAAGAUUCCAAGGAGGAGAAACCUAAACCUGAACCUGACGCAGAUCCCAAGGCGCUGGAUGAUCAAUCACCGCUUGUUGAGGUAGAAGAUGAACCUGCUGACACAAAUCCCGUGGCGCCGAAUGAUCAGGAACCGGUCCCAAAUGAACAAUCACCUCCUGGUGAGGCAGAAGAUGAUCCUGCUGAUUUUGUUGAAGAGCCCCUCCGCUGUUCAAUUUGCAUGGAGGAGGGUCACAGUUAUAUGAGCUGCCCAUUGACGUGGUUUUGCCCACCAGAGACGGCUGUUAGCGAUUUGGCUGAAAUAGUCUGUUAUUGCUGUUGUGAGCGGAUAGACUCGGGCGUCCAUUCUAAUAUACCUGCUAGAAUGACAAGAGCACAGCUCAUUCCCAGGUGGCCAAGAUGCAUGCCAGAUGUAGACACAAAAGCCUUGGAGCUGGAGCUCCAUACCAAACAACCACAGCUUGGAGAGGCCGAAGAUGUGAAGGAGGAGAAACCUAAACCUGAGACAGAUCCCAUGGCGCUGGAUGAUGAUCAAGCACUGCAGCCAACUAAACAAUCACCGCUUGUUGAGGCAGAAGAUGAACCUACUGCUCAUGCUGUUUCAGGUUCCAAAAAAUCUGUCUCUCGAUAUUGCUAUCGUGCCCCCUUAGAUAUCUCGCGGGAGUAUAUUAAUGAUCAAGUUCUUAAAGGUGUGACAGAAGAAAAAGCUUUGAAAGCACCAAUCAAAGAUCAUCCACCUUAUUUUGUGCUCGGAUCAUCACGUAAGGUGGUGGAUAAGUUCAUGUCCCAAAAAUCUAUUCUUUUUAGAAGGUAUUUUUCUUUUGCUUUUUUUGCGUUAAUUAACCCUUUGAUUUAUAUGUUAAGUUAUCAAAAUUUGUGUUGUUUUGUGUUAAUAAGAUCAUAAAGCUUUAUGUAUGAAUUUCAUAUUAUUUACCUUUUAUAGCUUUUUGAUUGUUAAUUUUGCAGCCUAUGUUUUGGAGUUUCAUUUUCCUUAAGUUGUGUAGCUUGCUAUUGUUAUUCUCUUUUGUCUUUUUGGUUGGUAUGCUUGAAUAUCGUUUUUUCCGAACCAAAAUCUGUGAUGGUUGAAGAUUUUUUGUGUUUGUUUCUUUCAAAUGAAUUAUAGCCGACCCCACUUAGUGGGAAAAGGCUUUGUUGUUGUUGUUGUUGUUUCUUUCAAAUGAAUGAAGUAACUUUUAAAGAUGAAAGUACUCAAUGCCUUGACUUUGGUAAAGAGAGUUGUUUUUUUAGAAGAUAAUUUGAUAGUAGGAUUGAAGCUUAAUUUUGCAUAUGCUUUUUAGUUUGUUGAUGGAUUUGGAAAGAUUAUAUUAGAUGGGCUGAAGUUCUGUAAAGGUAUCUAAAAGAUGGAAAAUGUAUUGAAUUUAUGUUCUGUCGAGUGUUCUUUAGGCUUCACUGGUGAGAGCAAAAUAGUCAAAAUAUUUUUGAAGUAGCUGGACAUGCGUACUAUUGAAGUUGUUUUAUAAUGGUUUUAUAUGGUUAGAUAAGGUUAUAUGUAUUUUGUAUAUAUUUUGAAGUUUAUGUUUAUGUUUUUGUUUUUGUGUGUUUUUUCUUUCUUUCAAAAGAUUAAUUGUAAAACGAAAAUAAGGGUUUAUUUCUUUGUAUUUGGCAAGGUGGAGAGCUGUUCUUAUAGAAUGUUAUUUGAUUUAACGAUUGAUGUGUAAUUUUGUAUAUGCACGUUAAUUUGUGGUUAGAUUUGGAAGGAUUGUAGAUGGUGUUCUGAAAGUCCAGUAAAGGGAUGUAGGAGGGAAAGUGUAUUGAAUUUGUUUUUUGCACUGCUUAUGGUUUGUAUGCUAAAGCCCUUUAGACAUUUAGGCUUCACCGGUGAGAGGAGAAUAGUCAAACUUUUCUUGAAAUUGAUGUACAUGCGUACUAUUGAAGUUGUUUUAUAAUGUUUUUAUACAAUAAAAUUAUAUGUAAGUUGUGGUUCUUUCUUUCUAAAGAAAGAAACAACAGUAAAAGUUAAAAAGAAAGGUUUAUUAUCUUUGACACUUUUGUUUACAGUCAUAGAAUUAGUUUUAGGGGUGGGUUUUUGCAGCGUGAUAAUAUUUUCGACGACGUAUCUGUGGAACUAGCCAAGGUUGUGGUCAGAGCUGCUGUUAUUGAUGUACACACGGAGGUGAAGUCCACGGUAAGUUUUUUAGUAAACCUCUUUAUCUUUUAAUUUUUUUUUAAUGUUCUUGGAUUAUUUUACCAACUUAUAUAAUUUUGUUGCAACCGUCAAUUAGGGGAAUAGGUAGGGGUGGUCGUACCCUUGUCUUCGAUUGCAACAUCACUAGAGUGUAUUUGGAGUUGUAUACCUCUCUUGGCGGUCUGUCUGCUCUUCUUGUUUUUGUUCCCAUUGUCGCAUGUGGAGGGAUAGGCCACGAGUUUGUAGAGUCUUUUUUGGGUUCUCUUAGUUCUCCAAAUGUGUUGCUUUUUCAUAGGUUGUGAUCAAUUCGGGGUUUUGGAAUGCAUUUGGUCACCAUUGAAGUUGGAGUUUCUAAUGCACAUAUCUGAAUUAUUCAUAACAAGACCUUAAAGAAGUCAAAGGGUUGGGGCAAGCUGGGUUUGCCUGAAGUGAUAAUUGGCAAUAUGGUUGUGCACGUUUGCAGUCCUAGAUUGAAUCCCAAGGAUAUCAGGUUGAUUUUUGAACUUUAUCUUAGAGAGAGAUUGAGAGAGUUGAAAAAAAAUGGGCUAGUUAGUCUUUUUGUUCGGACAUCAGGAAUAUUUUAGAAUAUUUUAAGGAUAUUCUUGAUGUCCGAACAAAAAGACUAAUCAGCCCAUUUUUUCCCACUCUCUCAAUCUCUCUAACAAACAAAGUUCUAAAAUCGACCCGAUAUCCUUGGGAUUCAGUCUAGGACUUCAACCUUGCAUAGCCAUAUUGCCAAUCAUCACUUCAGGCAAACCUAGCUUGCCCCAACCCUUUGCCUUCUUUAAGAUCUUGUCAUGAAUAAUUCAGAUAUGUGCAUCAGAAACUCCAACUUCAAAGGUGACCAUAUGCAUUCCAAAACCCCGAAUAGAUCCAACCUAUGAAAAAGCACCACAUUUGGAGAACCCAAAAAGGACUGUAUAGACUCAUGGCCUAUCCCUCAACAUGCGAGAAUGGGAACAAAAACAAUAAGAGCAGACAGACCGCAAAAAGAGGUAUACACUUUGGUGACGUCGCAAUCGAAGACAAGGGUAUGACCACCCAUACAGAUUCCCCUAACUCACGGUCGCAACAAAAUUAUAUAAGUUGGUAAAAUAAUACAAGAACAUUAAAAAAGAUAAAAAGGUUUACUAAAAUACUUACCGUGGAGUUCACCCUUUGUGUGUACAUUAAUAAUGAUUGCUCCAACCACAGCCUUAGCUAGUUCCAUAGAUAUGCCAUCGAAAAUAUCUUCACGAUGCAAAAGUCCACCCCUAAAACUAAUUCGAUGUCUGCAAACAAAAGUGCCAAAGAUAAUAAACCUGUUUUUUUUACUUUGGGUAAAUUACACGUUACCAUCACAAGUUUGGGAUCGAUUUCAAUUCCUUAUAUCUUUAAAACAUUUCACUUUUAUACCUAAAGUACUAUUUUUCAAUAUAAUACAUCUGUUACAUUUUCCAUCAAUUGAUUCGUUAAGAGCUGACACGUGUCAAAAACAAUAAUUUUUUAAUUAAAAAAAAGGUUGCGGGGAUGGUUUAUGGGUUUUUUUCUUUUUAAUAUAUAUAAAUUAUUAUAAUAUUUGAAAUGCAUAAAAUUUUAUUUUUUUUGCCACAUGACACAAAUUUGGUAGCCACGUCAGCUUUUAAUGGACCAAUGGAUGGAAAAAGUAACAGAGGUAUUAUAUUAAAAUAAAAUAGUACUUAAGGUAUGAAAAUGAAAUAUUUAAAAUAUGUUGUAAGGAAUUGAAAUCGACCUUAAACCUGAGGUGGUAAAAUUUACCCUUUAACGUUUAUUGUUCCAUCUUUCUUUAGAAAGAAAAUAUACACUUUACCUCCUACAUCCCUUCCCUUUACUGGACUUCAGAACACCAUCUACAAUCCUUCCAAAUCUAACCACAAAUUAAUGUGCAUUUACAAAAUUACACAUCAAUCGUAAAAUUAAUAACAUUCUAUAAGAACAAUUGUCCACAUUGCCAAAUACAAAGAAAUAAACCCUCCCUUAUUUCGCUUCUACAGUUGAUUUUUGAAAAAACACACAGAAUACAUAUAAUCUUAUCUAACCAUAUAUAACAACUUCAACAGUACGCAUGUAUAGCUACUUCAGAGUUAUUUUGCUCUCACUAGUGAAGCUUAAAUGUCUAAACAAUACACGACAGAACAAAAAUUCAAUACAUUUUCCAUCUUUUAGAUAUAUUUAGAGAACUUCAACCCAUCUAUUACAAUCUUUACAAAUCCAACAACAAAUUAAAAAAAUAAUUGCCGCUUUACAAAGUCAAGGCAUUGAGUCCUUCCAUUUUUAACAGUUACUUCAUUCAUUUGAAAGAAACAAACACAAAAAAUCUUCAACCAUCACGGAUUUUGGUUUUAAAAAAAAAUGAUAUUCAUUCAUCAACCGAAAAGAAUAACAACAGCAAGCUACACAACUUAAGCAAAACGAAACUCCAAAACAGAUGCUGCAAAAUUAAUAAUAAAAAGCUGUAAAAGGUAAAUAAUAUGAAUUUCAUACAUAAAACAUUAUUAUCUUAUUAACACACAAAUUUUGAUAACUUAACAUAUAAAUCAAAGGGUUAAUUAACGCAAAAGAAAAGUACCUUCCAAAAAGAGUAGAUUUCUGGGACAUGAACUCAUCCACCACCUUACGUGAUGAUCUGAGCACAAAAUAAGGUGGAUGAUCUUUGAUUGGUGCUUUCAAAGCUUCUUCUUCUAUCACACCUUUAAGAAUUUGAUCAUUAGUAUACUCCUGGAGAUAUCUAAAGGGACACGAUAUCAAUGUGGAUUUUUGGAACCUAAAACAUCAUGAGCCGUUGAAAUGAUUAUUAGAAAGAAGUCACACGAACAUUUAAAACAACCUAACUUAUUUUCAUAACCACAAAUAAAUGCGGCACUGUGACCGUAUCUCUGCUCCCACCUAUUGGUUUCAUAUUUCUCAUCUUCUAGCUCUUAUCCAAUUUGACCCUUCUUGGCAUUCCCAUAUCUUAUUAGAUUGCCGGAAGUAUUUAUAGCAAGGGUCUCUUACAGAAACAUGAUCAUUUUGACUUUCAAGAUAAGUGGCUAAUUCACAAAAUAAUUUCUCCAUGACA